UUCCACGUCUUUGUCCCCGGAACUUGCACUCACUCCUGGUGUCCACUAGGGUUUUCUCCUCGCAUCUGGAUCCCAGUACGGACUAGCUUACAGUUCGGCGUCCUGUCCCACAGAAACCACGGCCUCCUUAACUUUGAAAAGAAAGCAAGAAAACACAGGAGGAAAGAAGAAAAAUCACUUUUCCGACUCUUGUGUACCAACUCCUCUGCUCGUGGUUUGAUUUUUCCUCUCGUCGAGGCUGUGAAGCUUUAACUUUGUGAUUCUGAGUUUCCUCCGUGCAGUCGCGGAAAGUUUUUACGCGUUUUAAAAACUUUUAAAGUAGUUAUUUCGCUUUCUUUGCACUCUCCUCUGGACUUGGACACUCUCCCCUGUUGGCCCUGUGUUUGUCGGUCGACUCUUGCUGAGGGUUUCUCGGUGUUUUCCUCCCUCGGUGUGGUUUCAGUAGCCUCAGAGCUGCUGUGAAUGAAGUUUCUGUCGAGCUGAAGAAAUCAGCGUCUCCAUGAGGAAACUCAGCGUGGGAGUCGCUGAAACUUUGUCCUAGCUUACGCACACCUGAGCGAGUAUUUUUCUGUUUCGUGCUGUGUAACUUUUACAUUUUUGUCUAUCACUGACACAACAUGAAGACGCUGUUGGUGCUGUGUGUGGCUUGCACGCUUGUUGUGUCGUCUGUGUCGGUGACUGCGGAGCAAAAGUCCAAAAACUGCAACGAAGUCCGAGCUGCUUACAGCUCCAAGGGCUUCAACGUGAACGAUGUGCCCAACGUAGGAGUCAGUGGCGCUCCGUUAAAAGUGUGUCCGCAGGGUUUCUCCUGCUGCACGGUGGAGAUGGAGGAGAAGCUGAGCCAGCAGAGCCACACAGAGAUCAAAGCUCCCGUCUCCAGGCUUAGCACCAACCUACAAUCCACCUUCAGACAGAGACACGACCACUUUGACAAGUUCUUCCGGGAGCUCUUGAAGAACGCUGAGGUCUCCCUGCACAGCAUGUUUGUGCGAACCUACGGGAUGAUGUACGUGCAGAACGCAGAGCUCUUCAAGAACUUCUUCGAGGCCCUGACUCGGUACUACGUGUCCGGAAGCGCCGCCGUCAACCUGGACUCUAUGCUGUCCGACUUCUGGGCCGACCUCCUGGAGAGGAUGUUCCGGCUGGUCAAUGUGCAGUACGAGUUCAGUGACGCCUACAUGGAGUGCGUCAGCAGGUACACGGAGCAGCUACAGCCCUUCGGCGAUGUGCCCCGCAAGCUCCGCAUCCAACUGACGCGGGCCUUUGUGGCUGCACGCACCUUUGUACGUGGCCUAAUGAUCAUGCCGGAUGUGGUCAAUAAAGUUUCUACGGUUAGUGCAUCUCCCAGCUGUGUGCGAGCAGCCAUGAAGAUGUUGUACUGUCCCUACUGCUCCGGCCAAGUGGCCCUUAAACCCUGCCAGAACUACUGUCUGAAUGUGAUGCGCGGGUGUUUGGCCAACCAGGCGGACUUGGACACAGAAUGGAAUAACUUUCUUGAUGCCAUGCUUAGUCUAGCUGAGCGGCUUGCAGGUCCCUUUACUUUUGAGUCCGUCAUGGAUCCCAUCGACGUGAAGAUCUCAGAAGCCAUCAUGAACAUGCAGGAGAACAGCAUGCAAGUGUCACAUAAGGUUUUCCAAGGCUGCGGGCAGCCCAAACCAAGCUUGGCUUUCCGUGCCACUCGUUCCAUCAAAGAAACAGGCUUUACCGGCCGCUUCCGCCCGUAUAGUCCUGAUGCUAGGCCCACGACUGCUGCUGGCACAAGUCUAGAUCGACUGACGAAUGAUGUGAAGAAGAAGCUGAAACGCAAAAAGUUCUGGUCCACGUUGCCUGAGACGGUUGUGUGCAGGAUAGAGAGGAUCGCGCCUGGGGAUGAAUGCUGGAAUGGAACAGCGAAACGCAGAGUCAGUGUCAUCGGCAAUGGUCUGGCCAAUCAGGUGUCCAACCCUGAUGUGGACGUCGACAUCACACAGCCAGACACCGUGAUCCGCAGUCAGAUCGCAGUGUUAAAGGAAAUGACGAGCUGGCUCAAAGCUGCACACAGUGGCAAUGAUAUCUCUUUCGGACACUGGUAAGGAUAAGAUGAAAGCAGCGGAGAAGAGGAGAGCGGCAGCGGUUGUGACACUCCUUCCUGUGAGACAGACCGGGACAUCUACUUCUCAACUCACCAAACCCUGGCAAACCCCCAGGUCAAGCAAGUGGUGGUGGACCGUAAUUCGUCUCCAACUGCCUCACACGGGAGCAUGGCACUGGCACUCUGCGGGCUGGCCCUGGCCAUGCUUGCUCCUCACCUGAGAUAAAACUGGCUGGCAGGUUGGAGGAAGAGAAAGACCAGGAAUGACGGAGCGAAGGGGAAAACUGCCAGAAAGACUUCAUAAGACUGCCUUCAGGACCUAAAACUGUCCGCCAAUCGGGGGGAAAGACUCUUCUUAAUAUUACAAUAACGUCACCUUUUAUUAUUUGUUUUUUAUGUUUUUAAGGACAUCAGUGUAGAGCUAUUGGAUUCUCUCUUCAAAGACAUCUUCCCCAGAUAAACCUGUACUCUUUGUGGUUCUUCUGGAGCCACCAUGGUUCUGCUUGCAGCGUAACCAACGAUUUAUUUAAUAACUCAUAAAUGUGCUUUCCUCAAUGAUUGCCAUCUGUGACUAAGUAGUGAGCAGUGUUAGGUUGAACAUCAAGUGCCUGUGUUGGGACGCACCUUCAUAUUUCUGUGGAUCUUUCUGAUGUUUUUCAUGAAUGUUAACGCUUCAUAUCGACCAUUCGUGUACAUUAUGAAUGUGCAUAUUGUGAGUGUUUUGACUGUCCAUUAAUACAUUUAAUACAUUAGCUAUUUAGAAGUUAUGAAGCGAGCUGCAGAUCUCAACUAAGAACCAGUUUGAGCCUUUGUCCCUUUGCUUUGGAGCAACAUUGAAAUCUUCCAGCUCAUUCCAAUGUGAACCAGUGAGAGAAGUUACUGCACAGGUAUUUAUGUUUGACCUGAGGAGAUGGAAUCACUUUUAAGAUCUUUGAGGUGCUCUGCGAACAAAACAUUCAUAUUGUAUGUCUGCUUUGAGCAUUACCACAACCUUAUGUUUAAUUCCCACAUUCUUUCUUCCACUUAAUGUCCUUAGCUUUAACAGGUCAUCAGUAAUGUCAUACCUCAUGCUUGCUGUCAUUGUCAAUGCAACCUGGUGGUGUUGAACUGAAAGUAUCUGAUAGAGAUGAGAAGUGUGGUUGGCAUCUUGUUGAAAGGUAACUGUUCUGGAAGAGGAAGGACUCCCCUGGCAUUACCCCUUGAGAAGGCAAAGCUGACGAGUCUUGACUGCCCCUUUUGGUACUGUAAGCUCAGUUCAGCACAGAGGAUCUGAUUCUAUACAGUCUUACUAGUUUGAAAAAGGUGUUCAGAGCGUUUCACAUUUAACUCGAGGAGAGGAACAAAAGACGAUGCUUUGAUCAAAUGAAAUCAAGAAAAAGAGUAUUUUAAUACAGGGUUUUAUGUCGAGAGGUGUUGUAAUUUUUAGCUAUUUUUGGUAUGAAGAUAUAUAUUAGGUACUACAGUCGAUUUUACAGCUAGUUUAAGGUGGUUGAAGAGGACAGUGUGUACAGAUAUUGGCGCACUUUUGGUCAGUGUGCACAGUUUUUGGGGCUCAUCUUCUCCCCCCUCUUUGGUCCCACAACACACACUUGUACCUCCAGAGUGUCCGGCGUCAGUAUCAAUAGACUCAUUCUGAACCCUUUGGUUUACCUAUCCUCAACCUCACAUUCUCAUUGUGAAAACUUAAAGUGAAACGUUCAAGUAUCGUCACAAGUGCUACCAAAAUGAAUGCAAUCUAUGGUGCCUGAUGUUUUGUACAAACGUGGUACAUUAUUAGCUUCCUUGUGAGGUGAAAAGCAAUGUAAAUGUUGGUUUGUGUCUUUAUCUACUACACUUUCCUGAAGGGUUUUUGAGAUGUUGUUACCCGCUGACAAGCACAACUAAGAAUUUUAUGUUUUGCUAAUUAGAGUCUGUAAGUUGCAUUACCUGGCCAUUUCAUCUCCAAAAUGAUGCUGCCUCAUGUAGUUUUUGUACAGUAACUUAUGCAUAUUUUUAUUUCAUUGCAAACAUACUUCUAAAACUGAUAUAGAUUAUCCAAAUAGUAUACAGUAUUCAUUGCAAUAAUACAUUUCUCAAAGUCAUGGGUUAAAGUGAAGAGAGUGGAGGAGUUGAAAUGCAUUUUGUAAAAACUGAAGAAUGGACUAGCAGUUAAGUAAAAUGUUAAAUACUGAUCACGACCUUUCACCUCGUUUGGCCAUUGAUCUUGACAGGUUGAUUGUACGCUAACAUGAAAAUUUCUUCCAAAAAUAUUCCAACAAGCACAAUUGGCAAAACUGAAAUAACAAACAAAGAUUCAGACUUUAAAUAUUUGAUGGAACAUCCAAUCAUGGCGUGAUACUGAAGCCCUAACUGAAAACAAUGAAGCUGUGCUUCAGCAGCUCGAUUAGGCAUUAGUUGUGCAUGUUACAAGUUAAGUUCUCACAAUUUUGUGUUCCACAAACAUUUCUACAAGGGCUUGUGCAUGUGUUUGUGUCAUGUGGAAGAGUUGUGCUGAGUGUGAAGACACCUGACUUUCUGAGAGUCGUAGGAAAGGUUUCAGGUGAUGAUGGUAAAUGUCUGUGCUUGCGGGCCAGGGCAGCAACACUUUCCGGCUGGCAGGAGCUGGUCCAGCUGCUGGAUGUUCUUCAUUGGAUCCAUAAAGUAACUUCAGUCUAGUGACUUGAAAGUGAAAAUGGAUUUUAGUUUAAACUUCCAUCAGCCAUUGGCCCACAAGAACAGAAGGACUCAUUUUCUGAUGAGUGACUGAAAAGACUAAAAAAUGUGUAAAUAAAGAGCAGCCGUUUUAGAUGUCUCUAAAAGAGGCCAUAACAAGAAACCAGAUUUUACUUGUCAGAGUAUCUCCUAAAUGUUAUGGAAAAACAUGAUGAGAUAGAUGUUCAAAUGUAAGAGAAAAUGUAUAUUAAACAACAUUCUUAGUCUUGUUGAAAUAAAGACUACCAAUAUUUAAAUGUU